AUGACCGUUUUCAUCGAGUGUGUUCCGCGAGGGCAGGACAGCUGCAGCGCGGAUAGCAACCUCAACAUCGGUGCCAACAACACCGGCAUGAAUAACAGGGGCAACAACAACCAAGGGUGGUGCAAUCUAGGCAACAACAACAUUGGAGACUAUAACAGGGGCAGCAACAACACCGGCACCAAGGUGUUCUGCAACAAUCUACAGCAGGCCAGUGACAGAUGCACUCUGGACAAGCUGAGGACUGCAGAAACCCUGUACCUGUAG